CAGUGGAUCACCAAUCAUGGAAAGAGCCGAAGAUGUUGGCUCGGUCAUGUGAUCAGCUGUGUCCAAUCACAGCUGAUCACAUCCCCAGCAGUGCCACCUGCCAGUGCCCAUCAAUGCCACAUAUCAGUGCUGCCUUUCAGUGUCACCCAGCAGUGCCAGUCAGUGCCACCUAUCAAUGCCAAUCAGUACCACCUAUCAGUGCUGCCAAUCAUUGCUACUUAUCAUUGCAAGUCAGUGCCACCUAUCAGUGCCAGUCAGUGCCCCGUCAGUGCUGCCUAUCAGUGCCACCUAACAGUGCCAGUCAGUGCUGCCUAUCAGUG